UGUUGAGAACUGGGGCAAUGCUAUGCUUGUGGCGAAGGAAGUGAUUGUGACUUGGCAAUGGUUUUAGUUUUAUCUUCGUCUCAGCGCCUCAAUACAGUUGAAUUCCUCAUCCAAUCUGCUCAACACCUCCAUGUUUCCCCCAUUGUUAAAUACUCCGCAUUCUCCUUCUUCGCCGAUCGCUUCUUUUCAUCGUUACCACGUUUCAUAGAAAGUGCGAAUUCGUUGAAUUGGCUAUUGAAACCUGUAACUGAAAGCACCUUGCAGCUGUUUGUGCUUAUUUCUCUAUGGAUAUCAAGUAAAAUACAUGAUGCUAAACCACUGUCUGUUGCAAGUUUGAAGUCUUUGGCGAAUAAAUCCAUCAAGGAACAACACUUCACCCAUCGGAAUUUUCUGGAAGCAGAGGUGCUCUUCAUGCAGGUUUUGAACUUUGAGAUUGGUACAGCAAAUAUUGCCUUUUCGUUCCUUCAAGAGCUUUGGAUUCAAAUCAGGGGAGUUGCAAAAGUUGGUGAAUUGAUUAACUUUGAAGCUUGCAUGGAAAUUAUGGAUCUUCUCUAUGAAAAGGAGGAGACAUCAUUUCUUUAUAGGUCUCCUCACUCCCUUGCUGCAUCAAUCUUGGUUGUGUCAUACUUAAUGACAGUUCCUAAACAGAAAUGGGAGUUUCCAGUUCUUGCAUGGGUAAAUUUCAUGACCUCGUGUAAGGAAGAAGAGAUCAUAAAAAUGGUGUCGGAGAUUCUCAAACAUGUGCUUGAACCUUCUUGAGAUAUCAGUGCACAAAUAUUGAGAUUAGGCCUGUUCAAAAUACCUGUUUUAUUUUUUGUUUAAAACUGAGUUUGAACCGGAUCAGAAUCGGUUUUGAUAAAUAAAAAGUUACGUUUUAAAUUUAUAAUACCUUAAGUCAAUAGAUCCAUUAAUUGAACCUAUUGGUAGAAGAACACUGUGUAACAAGGAAUUCAGAACCAAGAUGUUGUCAUUUUACUGCUGAAAUGACCAAUACAGUAUUCAAUCUAUUACUGGCAAGAUUAGAUUGAAGAACAAGACUCAAUUGGUUAGAUUGGUUGCAAACUGAAAAAUUCUUGCUUCUUGAAGGCAAGCUCAUGGUGCAUCAGAACAUUACUGGUGAUAUACUUUCAAUCCAAUGCUUUCUUACCUAAUAUCAAAGAAGAAAUCUGGUUUUAAAUCUGGGUUGGAAACUGGUUUGACAAAACGAAACCAGUUUUGGAGGAAGACAUCUGGUUCAGUUUUGAAAUGAAAUGUAAUCCUUAUUAUUGGUUUCAAUUUGGAUAUAGUUUGGUUCCGUGUAUAUCCAAUUUAUGUACACACAACACGUAUACCCUUAACUGCAACUUGCUGAAUUUUAUUCCUGAGAUUGUUUGUGAAGGGUACAUAUUGUUUCAUGAAAAGAAUUUAAUGAAGUUGAUUGGCUCCCCACUGCAUACCCUUACUCUUCCUUUUGGAUUAUUUCUUUUGGCAUACAUUACAACAUAUCUUUUUUUUUUAAGUAAGCUUGGUCGACGAGCGACCAAGCCGUCGUCCAACGACUAAAUGUUUUUUAGAACUACGUAUAAAUAGCUUUCCAUUUCAUUUGUAACUGAGAUAUUUGUGCGCCCUAAAGUAUAAUGCCAAAAGAUGCAGCAAGUAUAAUGAAUAUACUGAAAAUA